AUGGAUGCAAACGAUGCAUCCUCGCCAGGAAGUCUGAGUUCGCCCCCGCACUCGCCUGAAGGCACGCCCACAUCUACAGUUCGAGUUUCCAGCGCUGGUGUUGGUGUUGGACCUGCGAAUACUAGCACGCCAACCCCUGCAAAUGCGACAUCACCAGCACCACGAGGCCUCACAGCAUCCGGGCAGCCACGCAAAAAACCAGGUCCGAAACCAAAACCCAAAGAUCCAAACGCUCCAGAGCCGGAGAAGAAGACUAGGAAGCCUCGCAAACCUGCAGAACCCAAGGAUCCAAAUGCAGCCCCUGUCCGCAAGAGAAGAGCCAAAGCUUCUCUGGAAGCGCAGGCUGCACAGACAGUACAAGUCGUUGAUGAGAAACCAAUAAUACAAAAUUCGCCCACACCGCAACCAAGGCCUAGUGAACCAGUACCGGCACCGCAGCAGCCAGAGCAUUCGCCUGCGAUUCCACAAGCUCCCCGCGUAUUGGGUACCCAAGAACCCACACUUUACAGUAAUCCCAAGCUUUCUCAUAUAAACGUCGCGCCCUCAACACCACGGCCCUCCAGUUCAGGGCAGCGAUACGAUCCUAUCCGAGGCGGCAUCAUGGAAGAUAAACCACAGGUCUCAGCGAGCGCACCGCCGCCCAUCUCGCCUCCGCUGAACCGCGCGAGCGCAUCACCAUCUAUCACAAGUCUCAUCGACCCACCUUCUGCGAGCAAUUCAUUCUUUACGCAACCUGCAAAAUUGCAACAGCAGGUAUCCAUAACUUCUGCCCCGCAGUCUCCUGCCAGCUUCCACACCCGACCAGGGUCGGUCCUUCCCCAAGACUUCCCAGCUCCACAACCACAACACCAACCACAACCACAGCAGCUGACACCACAGCCUUUAUCUUACACAGCCACAACGACAGGGCCUGCACCGAUGGAGAUUGACUCUGAAGCAGCAAAGCCGAUUACGGCGACAGCGCAAAAAGCGAGUUCUGCAGCCAACGGCGCCCCCGCAAAUACAAGCGGCCCAACGCCGCCCACAAAACCUGCUCGUCAAAAAGAGGCGCCACCACCAUUGCCAACUGGCAGCGGUCUGCUCUCUGGCACUCCGUUUGGGCCUGUGACAACCUCCAGCAGCGGCGCCGAUGGCCCAAGCGCACCGAAUGUUUACCUUACCUUCGAUCUGAAGGGACGCCAGAACACUACAAUCAACGUUGCUCUAGAGAUCGAGAAGAAGUAUGGUUUCGCUGCCCUUCAUCCACGCAUUGCUGCUCGUCAAGAACGUCAACGCCAGAUGAAAGCUGCUGGUGCCUUUUUAGAACGGGCUGCGGGUGGUGUGUCUACUGAUGACAUGUCAGUCGAUUUGUCUGAGAACGAAAGCAACGUGGAAAUGGGUGGUAUGGAUGACAACGCUUCUGCUACCGAGAACGGUGGUAAGAAGCGGCGUAAGAGGAAGCAGGAGGAUUACGACAAGGAGGAUGAUUUCAUUGACGAUACGGAACUGGCGUGGGAGCAGCAAGCGCUCAUGGCUAAGGACGGUUUCUUCGUGUACAGUGGCCCUCUCGUGACUGAAGAGAAGCCAGCUGUUGAGAGGGCUGAUGGUACCGUUAGACGCGGCAGGGGUCGUGGCCGUGGCGGCACAACGCGAGGCGAAACUUCCGGUAGAGGCCGUGGGCGUGGUGGUGGUCCAGGUUCUCGUGGUGGUCAACCUGUCCGUAAACCUCGUGUUACCAAGGCUGACCGUGCUGCGAUGGAACAGGAGAAGAUCGCACGGGAGAAGAUGGGCGAAGCCAUCGCUAAGCAGCCAAUCCCUGCAGGCACCGCUGGUCCGACUGGAUUAUUAUAA